CCGCGCGUGUUUCUUCUGCGUCGUCGUCGUUUUUUUUUCUCGUUCGCAACUUUUCGUGGCCAACUUUGUUUCGGCGAAAUUUGGCGCGGCUCUUGAUUGGCGGUCGUGUUUCUUUUGUCGAUGUUGUGUCGGUUAUUGUUGUGCGUGACGCGCUAGCUGUCAAACCGCGCGUUCGCGCUUAACCCUUUGCGCGGUUUGUUUACAUUUGUUUGAUGGGCUUGUCGGUCGACAGUGUUGACAGUGAACGAAAAGUGUUGAGCACCGUUUUUUUUGACAAAUGAUGAUUAAUUGGCGGUGGUGAGAGAAGUUGAGCGGCUUACCGCAGGUGUAGUGGUGUGAACGAGAAUCGAAUCUCCGUGUUUUGCAUUGUUUAGUGGUGUGGUCGCCGAGCCGAUCGGAAAACCCGAUCGCUUCCGAUUGUUAUCGGGCCAGGAAGAAAGUGAAAAGUGAGCAAAGCGACGCGCGCGACGAUUAAAGCAGGCGUGAAAAAGUCGAUUUUCUUCGGAUUGGGUUACUUUGUCAUACCAGCGUGGAGGAGAAGACGUCGACUUUUUGUUGCUGCUAGCAACGAACACGAAGAAAAAGUACGAACCUUCGAACAUCGCGAUGGGAACCAACGACACCGAACGAGGUGACUAACGGGAGAGGUCAAGCUCGCAGGAUGGAUGUGCCGCCCAAGUCCCGCUACACGGACACCUCGUACCUGAUCUUCCAGCAGCUCAAGGAGGGUGGGUUGCAGUGUGCCUUCCCGGCGAUCUGGGACCUGCUCCACCCGGGAGCUUCCGGGAAGGUCUCCCUUCCGGACGAGCUUCCGGCAGGGGUCGAACCCCUCGCGGAACAACCUUCGAAGAAUGGCAAGAAGCCUGCGGGGCAGUACAAGGCCAAAGACAGCCGGAAGUCGGCGGCCAGUGGGAUCCCGCGGAAGCAGAGCAAGAUCGCCGAAAAGCGCAAGAACCGGCGCAGUUUGGAGCUGAAGGCCGUCGAAGAGGCCCCCCGCGAAGAGGAAGAAGAUGUGGUCAGUGUUAGAGGGGAAGUUGGGGAAGAAGUGGGAGGAGCUCCGGUCGUUCCGGUGGACGAGAAGAAGCUCCAGAUCUGUGAUAUGUCCGGCGUGGCCGGGCGUGGGGAUCCCGGCACGUCAGUGUGAUCAGCAGUGGGGACGACGAGGUG